AUGGGAGUCACAUUCUCGUCGAUAUGGGCUAGGUUAUUCAUGCGGAAAGAAACAAAGGUUCUCAUACUAGGUUUGGACAAUGCUGGCAAGUCCACGAUCCUAUAUAGAAUAACGAUGGGAACAGUAGUCCCAUCACUCUCUCCUACAGUGGGGUCAAACCAUGAAAUCCACGAUUACAAAGGUGUUCGUUUUGGGUUAAUAGAUAUCGGUGGUCAGACAGCUUUGAGGAGUUCAUGGGGUCAAUAUUUCAUAGGGACAGAGGCCAUUAUAUUGGUCAUUGAUUCGAGUGAUGUGAAUAGGUUAGGGUUGGCAAAAACGGAAUUGCAGAGGUUGAUACGUGAUGAGUCUCUACAAACUUCCCUCCUUCUGGUCCUCGCCAACAAACAAGAUUUACCUCUCUCACAGGGUCGUUUAACUCCCGCUCAAGUAUCCGACGCUCUCAAUUUGACAGACUUGAGAGAAAGAGAAUGGCAGAUUAUGGGAUGUAGUGCUUUAACGGGUGAAGGUUUGAUGGAAGGGAUGGAUUGGUUGGUUGGGAAAUUAAUUAGUCGAUAA